AUGGAGGUACCCACUGCUGGCAGUAUGGCCAACGCGUUGUUUGCCCCCGAUCCCUUCGAUAAGCCGCUCGGUUAUGACUGCCCUACCGACCUGAGGACUAUGGCAAUCAAGUGGAGACCAUGCCAAAUGACGGUUGGAAACGAGCUAUUCUCCGGCAAAUAUCAUAUCGUUCUUGACUCGCAGCAACCGAGAGUGGCCUUCACACUCCGUACCAAGCAACGAGGUCAAGUGGUAUUCACUGCCAAGAACUGUUCGAUUGAGACCGGCUUCGAUCGAGAUGAUCCGGCUUUCGUCAACCAGUACCGUCAUCGGUUAAAGAUAGAGCGACCUCGACUUGCGUUCAUCAAGAUCCGACCCUCCGCACAGCCACCAAUUCCUUCCGCGGAGAGAGAAGAACCCAUCGACAAUACAGAACGUAGGGAUUGGAAGAUCCUCAAUUCGGUCCGCUGGGAAGAGAACGAGGCCGUCAUCUGGAUCCCGCAUGAGGAGAAGGAUGUCCAGAAAGGCCAAACCUGCUUCAAUCGGCUGGGACGACUCGUGCAGCUUGUCCGCACUAAUGCUGAUGGUCAACCAGAGCCACAGCCUAAAGCCUACUGGUUCUACGCAAGAAACCCAGUGACAGAAAACUCCGAUCGCAGUCCACCCAUGCCAUGGCUGUUCGAUUCUCAUGACCGCUACGCUGAGCUGAAACCGCAUGAUCCCUUCUUUAUUGAUGAAGAGGACAGAAGCUCGAUCCUGGUAGCAGCGACGCGAAAUGAGCGGGACUACCAGAAGGCCUCGCUUUUGGAGAUCUUCAAUCUUGAGCGUGUCCAUAAAGCUCGUUUGCGGACAGCCGGCCAAAAUGACUGGUGGUACGUCGAUGUGACCGUCAACGCCCAGCAGUUCCCUACACUGUCCUCCUCGACACAGGUGAGGUUCGCUAUUCGAGAUCCCGCCAACUUAGAGACACGGCUAGCCAAGCAAGAGCUCAAUCUCGAGGGCUUGGUCGUCAGUGACAACGAUUCCUUCAAAGCAGAUUUCACAAUGUUUGUUCGAGCCGAGCUUCAAGCAUAUGAGGGUCAAGAUCUCGUAGUUACUGCGAUUGUGACUCCUAAUUUGCUACCGGUCAACGAGCAAUUAGUGGCCCUCGAAGCCGUUGGCCAAGUGAAAUGCUUUGGAGAUAUGCCAGAGAACAAGAACAAAGGGUACUCGUUGCGAAAACUGGUCCUUGGCCAUGGGAGAGAGGUCGACCCCUACUGUCCGGAUUACUUCGAGCUAAACCUUCGCGAUAUAUCAUCCAUCGAGCAAGCCAAGCAGGAUGAGUAUCUCAAGCAUAUCGAGAAGGUCGUGCCACUCGACACUGAGCAAGCUCAAGCAGUGAGGAAGUCGACCGUCGCGGUUCCUGGAGGUGUGCAUCUCAUCGUGGGCCCCCCGGGUACAGGGAAGACCAGAACCGCGAAACGCAUUAUUCUCACCCUGGCAUCACUCGGUCUUAAGGUUCUGGUAGUUGCGGGAUCCAACAAAGGUGUGGAUAAUCUCUUCCAUCCAUUGUACGAGGCGACGAAGAAUGACCAGCGUUUUCGAAGCUGGUGUGGCACAGUCGUUCGCUUCAGAUCGCCCGCAUGCCAAUUCGCGACGAUCCGACAAGAUAGUGCCAAGCGGGGACCGAACAACACGCCUGAACUCUCGGACGUGGAGCGCGAAAUUGAGAAAUGCCAGACCCACACGCUAGUUCUGAAGCAUGCCCGCAAUACACCAACGGACCAGUGGAGCGCCAUCUUUUUGGAAUUGCUGGAAAAAGAUCGCAAGUCAGGAGUCCAAGGGCAAGAGCAGAUAAAGUUCCGGAGUGCGUACGAACACCUGAUGCGGCAAGUUUUCGCAAUGAAGAGCAUCAGAGUCGUUGCAAGCACGCUCAGUACUUCCGCUCAAGAGGAUUUGCGGCUGGCGUUCAAGCCAGACGUUGUCAUCUGCGAUGAGUCAGGUCAAUGCUUGGAAGGGGAUCAUAUGAUCCCCUUGACGAAAAAUGCCGAGACCGUCCGCGCUGUCAUCCUGCUUGGUGAUCCUGACCAGCUUCCGCCAACAGUCACCUCGGAAGGUCAGCAAAAUGAGGGUGCGCAGUACCUCAAGCGCUCCUUGAUGGCUCGUCUUGGCGAGUGCGGUUAUCCUUCUACCUUUCUCAAUGUCAACUAUCGCAAUCACCCGCAGAUCCUUGCCCUGUUCAAUCGGCAGAUCUACAACGGUCGUUUGACCGCGAGCCCGAUCAACAGUCAGCCCGAGCGCGUAGGGGAUACCUGGGAUGAGUUUACAAGGAAGCGCCACCACUUCCACGGCCAAAACAUAGCUGGUAUCCGACGCUUGUUCAUCAGCGUCAUCGGUUAUGCGGAGAAGGAGGAACAUGGCACCUCGUUCGAGAACCAGUCGCAGGCAGUGGUCAUUCGGCAUCUCCUCGCUGAAUUGUAUUCGUUCCAGACUGCCGCAGGUCAGAAGAUCAGUGCUGAAGAUGUCAUGGUCAUCAGCCCUUACAAGGCUCAACGCCGGCUUAUCUCCCGCAUGCUCAAGGAUAGUAGCCUAGCAGUUCGCGACAAUCUUACGGUUGACGCUGCGCAGGGGCAGGAGGCACCGAUUGUCCUGCUUUCCUUGACGAAACCCGGCAAGGACAUAAGGUCCUUGGGCUUUGUGGCAAGCAAGGAGAGGCUGAACGUAGCCUUGAGCCGUGCGCAAAAGGUCUUGAUCGUGGUCGGCAAUAUGGCAGCUUGGAACGAACAGUUUAUGACCUCGGUUAAACGGCUUGAGAGCGCAAAGGUCCUUCGAGGGCUUUUUGAGGAUGUCAGGCAGGAGGAACACGUCUUGACCUGGGUCGACCGGCGCACGGUGACUGAAGUUGAUCCCGAGCCAGGUUAUAUCUACUACAGCCAUGUCAAAGCUCCUCGCCUGGCGCAUCCGGUUAUGCCAUCUCAGCAAGAUGCCAUGGACAUUGACGAACCCGAGCAAGAGUUUCCGGCACGUGGAACUCCUCCCUUCGUUGGUCUUCCGCCACGGUCUAUGCCUUUUGACCAUGCUCAGCCUGAGCCCCUCGGCGGCCCUCCUCAGGCCGUGCCCUCUAGCCUUCCACAGCCUGCUCCUUUUGCCCUUUCGCACCGUCCGGCCUCUGGACUUCCUCAGAACCUGGCUGUGUCGUUGCCCGCUCGCCCUCCAUCGCCAAGUGAAGACCAACGAGCAAGGGACGACAGGCUUGCGGAGUUGGAAGCUAGAAGGCAUGCUGCCAUGGAAGGUCACAUGCAGCACCAAGCAGAUUCUGCGAGGGAAGCUGCACGAGUGGCGUGGUACGACAGGCAGAUGCGCGACCUUCGAAACCCUCAAGGCUCACGAGGCUCCAGGCAAGAACGCGCUCGUUCUAGAAGCCCGAGGCGGUAA